GAUAAAUAAUAUUAAAAUAAUUACAAAAAUAUAAUUAAAAUUAAAUUAAACAAUGAAAAUAUCAAGAUUUAAAAAGUCUCACAAGACUUUGGUGUUUUUUGCCACCAACUUUGACUAUCGGGAGCCCUACCAGGUGUUGGUGGACGCCACAUUCUGCCAGGCAGCGCUGCUGCACAAAAUUGGCAUUGACGAGCAGAUAAGGAAGUAUUUCCAAUGCAGUGCCAAGCUGCUGACCACCCAGUGUGUGAUCCUAGAGGCGGAGGCAUUGGGCGCACCCCUGACAGGAGCCACAACGAUUGUCAAGAAGUUCCAUGUGCACAAAUGCGGGCACGAGGGCAAACCUGUGGCCGCCGCUGAUUGCAUCAAAUCAAUGACCAAAGACAAUCGCUACAUAGUCGCCUCCCAGGAUCGCCUGCUGCAGGAGAGUCUGCGCAAGAUUCCCGGACGCUGCCUGCUGUAUCUGCACAAAGCCACUCCCGUGCUGGAGGGGCCCUCGAAAGCAUCCAAAAAGUGGGUGCUAAAACAGGCCAAGGACCUCAUGCUGGGCAAGCAUGCCGCAAAGAUUGACUACAUGAAGGAAAAGCAGGGCCUAAAGCCAGUAGAAGCCACCAGCACGAGUUCAACGAAACGCAAGGGACCCAAAAAUCCCAAUCCGCUGUCCUGCAAAAAGAGCAAAAAGGAAAAGUCGAAGCCGCCGCUACAAGGCGUAGAACAAACUGUUCUGACAAAGGCGAAACGGAAACGUGUCAAGAUCCCUGCCCAUGUCAAGGCAGCUCUGGGUAAAGAUUAGGUCUUAGUAGUAGUUGUUUAUGUGAUUAAAGAAUGAUAAAAUGGUGAAGAAAUCUUCGUUCCAUAGUGCGUUUUGCAAGCAUAACCACACCCUCAAGCGAAUAUACUGGAAACUUAGUGCCUCCAACGCACUGUAGAUGCUCCAGCAAACAAACGCAAUUCCAGUUUUUAUCUUUGUGUACAUAUUUGUAUACUAUAUUUGUAUAAUUAAACGUUGUACAAUGUAUAAAAUAAAAGUUGACUGAGCACCGAGAGGGGCAACCAACGCCGCAUCUUACAAUUUACCCUCGCGUAUUUUGUUGAGCGUCUGCUCGGUCAUAAACUGGCCGAGGAUCUUGGUCAGCGUGGGAUUGCGGGCGCAGUAGGCCAGCAGAUUGACGGGGAAGAGGCCACACCAGGUGAGAUCCAUCUUGUUGGCCAGUGCAACGGCAAAGAGUUCGCCGCAGCGUUCCGCUGUCAUCCGCUUCUGAUUGGCCGUACUUUGUCCAUACUUGGCGCCCUGCUCGCCCGUGAAGGCCUCCUGCAGGAAGUCGGUGGCAAUGGGCCCCGGGGCGAAGAUAGUCACGUCCAGCUUGCGCAUCUCCAGCUUCAGGGACAGCAGAUACGCGUUCAGGGCAUGCUUGGCCGCGCAAUAGGUGGCCGAGAAGGGCACAGGACCGAAUCCGGCGAUGCUGGAAGUGGCGGCCACAUGACCACGACCCCCGUUCUGCUCGAUGAAGUAGCGCACCACCAGACGCGUGAGAUGGACCACAGAAAAGACAUCCAACUCGAAGAGCUCCCGAUCCACCUCGAUCUCGAUGUCCGUCCAGCUGGCGCGCUGCGAUCUUCCCGCAUUGUUGACCAGCACAUCCAGGCGAUCAAAGUGAUUGAGCACCGUGAAGAGAUUGGACUCGUGCCGCUGCAGCUGCAGCAUAUCCAUGGGCAGAAUGAGCACAUCCUUGGUGGCCAGCAGACCGCGUGCCGCUGCCAAACACUCCUCCUGGACCUCCUCCAGCUGCUCCACACGGCGCGCACUCAACACCAGUCGAACGCCAUGGCGGGCCAGGCUCAGCGCCAGGGAGCGGCCAAUGCCGCUCGAGGCGCCCGUUAUCCAAACCACCUGUCCGCGCAUCGACGACAGCGAGACGCCAAACUUUGACUUGAUCCACAGCGCCACAUUGCAGUCGAGCACGAUCCACAGCAGCACAUAGAUCACAUAGUAGCCCACCAGCAGGAUCAACAGGAACUCCAGGAAGGUCAUUGUACACUCUCUGAGAUUUGCUACCUUUGCACUUUGCCGUAAUACAAUCAACUGCAAAGCAAAAGUUUGCGACUCCUCUUACGGCGGCCGUCUCUCUCACAGAUAAGAGCCGGAUCAGCUGUUCCGCACUAGAAUGCCUAUGGCGGUGGGCAAAGAUUGCUCUGGUGUGGGUUGGGUGGAGAUGAUGCAGUGAUUCAGUGGGGUGGCGUGUUAAUUAUGUGAUUUGUUAUAAUAUAUUAAAUGGAAUUGUUUUCGCCGUUGGUA